AUGUCGCUAACAAAUUAUUAUUCCAUGAUGGGGCUGCAGACCGAGGAGGCGUACGGCGCUCAUUUCCUCAGCGCGGGCUUGCAGGCGUCGACGGCCGGCUGCGCGAAGCCGUCCCGCGGCGCGCAGGAGGAGGAGGAGGAGGAGGGGGGCACCCCCGGCUCGCACGUCCCGGAUUUCGCCCAUUUCCCCAACAAGCAGGCGAGCUUGAACGGAUUCUCCCCGUGGACCAGCGCGCCCUCCCCGCCGCUGCAGGCCGCCCCCGGCGCCUCCAUCCCGGGGCUGUUCCAUCCACACCUCCUCGGCCACCACCACCACCACCACCACCACCAGCAGCCCUACUACGCCGAGCACCUCGCCCCGGCCCCGGAGGGCAGGUUCGUCCGCUGCUGGGAAGGCCCCGCGUCCACCUCGGAGGGGAGCUUCCCCGGCUGCCCCUCCGACCCCGGCCCGCGGUUCGAGGCGGUGAAGCCGGAGAGCUCGCCGCCGCUGUCGCGCGGCAGCCCCGGCGGCGACGACUCGGGCGGCUUCGCCAGCCCGGGCGAGGUGGUCCUUGAGCGGCUCGGCACCGCCGAGGAGCUCCGGAGGAAGCCGGAGCCCAAGAAGGAGCAGGAGGAGGAGAGGCGGAAAAGCCAAGCGGCGGACCCGGAGAACCCCUCGGCCAGCUGGAUCCACGCCAAGUCCACGCGCAAGAAGAGGUGUCCCUACACCAAGCACCAGACCCUGGAGCUGGAGAAGGAGUUCCUCUACAACAUGUACCUGACGCGGGACCGCCGCCUGGAGGUGGCCAGACUCUUGAACCUGACCGAGCGCCAGGUGAAAAUCUGGUUCCAGAACAGACGCAUGAAGAUGAAGAAGCUUAUGAUCCGGGAGAGGAGGAGCAUCAACGAAUAGCGGACCUCCGCGGGUCGGGUAUUGCCGGGGGCCACCUUGAGAA